AAAAAAUUCGGCAACAAACUUAUAACGUCGCUAUUGAACAAAAAGUUGAAAUUGGUAGUCAUGUUGAAACUCAAAAUGUUACCAAUAUCGAAAAUGUUGAUACAAAAAUCGAAAAAGUUGAAACUUUAAAUAUUGAGAAUACAACUAUCGAAAGUCAGUUUAUAGAAAAUAUUGAAAAUAAAAUUGAUGUGGAAAAUCAAUAUGUUGAGAACGUUGAAACUAAAGUAGAGAACGUGAAUGUUAACGUUGAAAGAAGUAUUGAUCAAUUGGUGGAAAAUAUUAAAAAUGUAGAGAACAUCGAAAAUAUUGAAAGGGUUGAAAGAAUUAAUGUUGAAAAUAUUAACGCUAAUGUUGAAAAUGUUGAUGCUAAAAUUGAUGCUAAUGUUGAAAUUAGCGUUGUCGAUAAACAAAUAAAAGUGGAUAAUAUCGAGACACAAAUUAAAAAUGUUGAAUAUGUUGAAACUCAAUACGUUGAAACAAAGGUUGAAACACAAUAUAUUGAUACUCGAAACAUUGAGAAUGUAAAGAGUACAAAUGCAAAUGUUAAAAAUAUUAAUGUCGUAGAAGAUUUAGAUUCACAAAACGUGCGUGUCGAAACCAUUGAAAACGUUCAAACGAUCAAUAUUAAUAAUUACGAGGAAGUAACGAACAUUAAUGAAACCAACGAAGUAAAUAAUACAACAAACGUAGAAAACAUAAACAAUCAAAUUAUUGAGGUUCAUGAAACGAUUGUACAAAAUAUCAUAAUUCCUGAGGAGGAAAAAAGACAGUCCCAUUGGCUGGAUAAUUUCGUAGCUGUGAUUAAAGAUGUUGAAAAACGAGUAUUAGGUGUAAAUAGCGACGGAUCGAAGAGAAGGAGCCUAUUGUUUCCCGAAAAUGAUGAUAGAGCAAAAAGAAAUAGUUUAUUAUUCUCCAAUAAUGAUAACGAAGCAAAAAGAAAAAGUACAAUGUCUAAUAAUGAUGACGAAGCAAAGAGGAUGAGUACAAUAUCAAAUAGCGACGAUGAAGCAAAGAGGAUGAGUACAAUGUCAAAUAGCGACGACGAAGCAAAGAGGAAGAGCACAAUGUCCAAUAGCGAUGACGAAGCAAAAAGAAAGAGUACAACGUCCAAUUGCGAUGACGAAACAAAAAGGAAGAGUACGAUGUCCAACAGUGAUGACGAAGCGAAGAGGAAGAAUACAUCUUUGUCCAAUAAUGAUGAAGUAGUUAAUAAUAGCAUUGAAUCCAAUAAUGAAGUUGCUAAUAAUAGUGCCGAAUCUUAA